AUGCGACCUCUUGCUUCCGCCGCCUUCGCGGCAUUUGUCCUUUUCGCGACCGCCCAUGAGUCCACAGGCAUGGAUAUGGACAUGGCUCACAGCGCACCCACGCCAACAGCUAGCCCUGGAACCUCCGACGGCCCUAUGAGUUAUUUUGCCUACGGAAAACAUUCCAGCUCCGUGAUAGCCCACAUCGCGCUCAUGGUCGUGGCUUGGUGCUUCAUCCUCCCAGUCGCUGUCAUCCUCAGCGUUUCGCGCUCUCGUCUUGCGAUCCCUUCUCAGUUUUUCUUCACUGUGGUUAAUGCUUUCGGUCUCCUCUUCGGGAUCAUCUAUAAUGACCAAACACCGGACCUCUACGUGAACAAUGCUCAUCACAAGAUCGGAUGGGUUGCUAGCAGCGUUAUUUUCGUUCAAACGCUCCUGGCUUUGCUAUUUGCGUAUGCUGGCCGUGGCGAGUCACCGAAGCCCUCUUAUGAACAUGUUGAACAUGCGGAACAUGCUGCUUUCUUGCCCGUUGCAACUGAUGAGCAUGAUGAUCGCUACCGGAACCAUGAGUACCGCUGGUCGAGGGAUAGUGGACAAGGGACGGAUAGCAAUUCCUCGAUUCACAGCCCUGUGUCUCCGUCCGAGUCGCAUGCCGACUAUGACGGCUUUGAGAAAGCGGAUCUGCUCAAGUUCGCGCCUCGCGGAUUGGCUAAUAACCGGAUUGCUCGGUUCUUGUCCAAGCGUCUUCCUGGCUUGGUCUCUGGCUCGGUUCUCAAGGGACUGACCAUUGUCUACAAUAUCGUCGAUCGGGUUAUUCUUCCCCUUGGGUUUGCGGCCCUUGCGACUGGCGGUGUGACUUACGGCGGUAUCAUGCGAGGACGUGAGAUCUUCAAUGGACUGGCACACUUUAUAAAGGGUGGUAUCUUUUUCUGGUACGGUGUUCUUACUCUUGGCCGCUACAUGGGCUGUUGGGCCGAUCUCGGCUGGGCCUGGAACAAAAAGCCCCCUGCGUCUGUCGUGGGCUGGAAAUCUAAAGUUCCUUCCGGUGAAGCAACAGAGUCUUUUGUCAUCUUCUUGUACGGUGUCACGAACGUUUUCCUGGAACACUUGUCCAACGCGGGCGAGGCAUGGUCUCCCACCGACCUUGAGCAUGUUUCGAUCUCCGUGCUGUUCUUCGGCGGUGGUCUGGCUGGCAUGCUUUUCGAAUCCACUCUCAUCCGCGACUGGCUGAAUACCACCGUCCUUCAGACCCCAGCUCAUGGUGACUCGGAUGAAGCCUGGCAGCCGCCUAGAUCCCAGGGCGUGUCUUUGAACCCCAUGCCAGCUCUGAUCAUUAUGCUGCUAGGCAUGAUGAUGGGGUCACACCACCAGGAUAGUAUGACAUCGACUAUGGUGCACAAACAAUGGGGUAACAUGCUGGUUGGGUUUGCGAUGGCCCGUGGUAUGACAUACGUCCUGUUGUACCUCAAACCACCGACCUCGUACCUCCCGGCUCGUCCCCCGACGGAGAUUAUUGCUUCAUUCUGUCUGAUCUCCGGCGGUCUUAUUUUCAUGCUGAGUACCCGUAAUGUGAUCCAAGCAAUGGAGUUUUACCAGGUGGAUGCCAUGUUCACCUUCACCGUCGGACUGGGCUUCAGUGCUUUUGUCAUGUCCUAUGAGGUCUUGGUCAUCGCUCUCAAGGCCUGGUCCGUCAAGCGCACCCAGCGCCCACGACUCAACUUCCGAUUUGCGUGA